AGAAAAGACAGUAACGGCUAUUUUUCCAUCUGAGCUUAUUAUAGAAGCUUUCCUCAUCCUUCCUCACUGACUAAUUCGCUAUUUCUCAAACACUUAAGCUUCAUCACUUAUCUCUCUUCUCUCAAACUCUCACAUUCCUUGAGCAGAGAAUCUCAGAUCUGAAAAAAGAUGAACGAUCUAAUGACGAAGUCCUUCACGAGCUACGUCGACCUAAAGAAAGCAGCGAUGAAGGAUCUAGAAUCAGGUCCCGAUCUCGAGAUGUCGAACAAAACCGACGAGAACCUCUCCUCCUUCCUCGAAGAAGCCGAGAAAGUCAAAUCGGAGAUGGCUCUGAUCGAGGCCGCGCUCUCUCGGAUCUCGCGCUACAACGACGAGAGCAAAUCCGCGCACAGAUCCGAAUCCGUGAAGUCUCUCCGCGACAAGAUCUCCAACGAGAUCGUCUCCGGUUUACGCAAAGCGAAAUCGAUUAAGACCACUCUCGAGGAGAUGGAUAGAGCGAACCGGGAGAUUAAACGGUUAUCCGGAACAAAUCCGGUUUACAGAAGCAGAGUGGCUGUAACCAACGGUUUAAGGAAAAAGCUAAAAGAAGUGAUGAUGGAGUUUCAGGAGCUGAGGCAAAGGAUGAUGAGCGAGUAUAAAGAGACCGUUGAGAGACGGUACUUCACUGUGACUGGUGAGAGACCUGACGAGGAGAUGAUUGAGAAGAUCGUUACCGAUGGAGGUGAAGAGUUUCUAACUAGAGCCAUUCAGGAGCAUGGGAGAGGGAAGGUGUUGGAGACUGUUGUUGAGAUUCAGGACAGCCACGACGCGGCCAAGGAGAUUGAGAAGAGUUUGUUGGAGCUUCACCAGGUGUUUUUGGAUAUGGCGGUGAUGGUUGAAGCGCAGGGGGAGCAGAUGGAUGAGAUCGAGCAUCAUGUGAUGAACGCGGGUCAUUAUGUUAAAGAUGGGGCUAAGGAGCUUAAGACGGCGAAGAAUCAUCAGAGAAGCAGUAGGAAAUGGAUGUGUAUUGGUGUUAUUGUGUUGCUUUUGAUCAUUCUUGUUGUUGUCAUCCCUAUCAUUACUAGUUUCACCUCUUCUUGAGAGUGACAUGACUUAAGUGUUUGUUUUGUGUAUCCAACUAUUAUUAUGCAAUGAUGGAUGUUUUUUAUGACA